CACUUGGUCCCGCUGGGUUUGGGUUUAUGCUGUGGGGUCACACCUGAACUAACUUGUAUUGGGGGCCACCAUGUCUCAGCAGGAUAUGGAUAUGGGCCAGGCAGUUUAAUGAUUAACAUGAGGAAAUUGGCGCACUGGAAUCCCAGACCAUAAUGAUUCCUUAUAAGGGAUGUAACUGACGAUGACAGAAUAAAGCGCAGUGUAGUAGUGCAAAGCUAAAAUAAAUCAGUAAAUCAUAAAUUCCACUAAUAUAUUUUUCACAGUGUGGUCAACAUAUUUUUACUACAAUUGUUUUUUUAGUUUAGUCCACGAGUGUACUGUAAUGAUCAAUUAUUAACUUGUUAUAUUCACUACACUAAUAAACUCUUAGGACUAGAGGGAGGAGUUAGAAGAUGUUCUCAAAGUACAUUUAGGUUUUUCCUCUGAGAGGAUCAAGGAAAUUGCACAUCGAGAUGGCGCUUAACUGGCCCGGCCUGCUGUCAAUCGGGGUGUUCUACCUCAUCGUCCUCGCGACAGGCGUCUGGGCGUCCAGGAAGUCCAAACGCGAGGAGAGGAAGUGCACUGGAAACCUUAGUGAGGUUGCCAUGGUUGGAGGGCGGAACCUCAACAUCUGGGUCAGCAUCUUCACUACCACAGCUACAUGGGUGGGAGGAGGUUUCAUCUUAGGCAAUGCUGAGGUGGUCUACGACCCUAAAAGAGGCCUGGCUUGGGCCAUCGCACCAAUAGGCUUCGUCCUUAGCCUGGUUGUAGGUGCGUUGUUCUUUGUGAAACCGGUCCGAGAGAAGAAUUACGUCACCAUAAUGGAUCCGUUCCAGGAGAAGUAUGGAAACACGUUAACUGCUAUUCUCUUUGUCCCAUCACUCCUUGCUGACAUCUUCUGGAUAGCCUGUGUGCUCGCUGCAUUGGGGGGAACGGUGAGUGUGAUCAUGGAUAUCCCAUCACCCUUGGCUGUGGCCCUGUCUGCUGCCGUGGCAGUUCUCUACACAUUACUGGGAGGGCUGUACUCGGUGGCCUACACUGAUGUCAUCCAGCUCAUCUUCAUGUUCCUCAGCCUGUGGUUCUGUGUGCCCUUCAUACUGAUGAGCCCCGCCUCAACAGACAUUACAGUCACAGCGGUGACAAAACUGUAUCAGGAGCCAUGGACCGGCAGGCUGAAGUUGGCAGAUGCAGGGCGCUGGCUGGAUGACCUGCUACUGGUGACUCUAGGUGGAAUCUGUUACCAGGCCUUCUACCAGAGAGUCCUGGCCACAGCCACUGUGGCUCAGGCUCAGUUCACAUGCUAUGCUGCCUCUGUCUUCUGCUUCAUCCUCGCCAUACCACCUCUUCUCAUUGGUGCUGUGGCAGCAUCCACAGAUUGGAACCAGACCAGUUUUGGUCUACCUACUCCCUACGAGCAGGGCAAGGCGGGUAUGAUUCUGCCCAUCUCCCUGCGCUACCUGUGUCCACCUUUCGUCUCUCUUGCUGGAAUCGGCGCCAUUGCUGCUGCCGUGAUGUCAUCUAUUGACUCGGCCCUGCUGUCUUCUGCGUCCCUUUUUGCCCGAAACAUCUACAAAAACAUUUUCAGCAAAAGGGCCUCUGAGAAACAAAUUCUACGGGUUGUAAAGGUGUCCAUCCUACUGUUUGGUUUCAUGGGGGCGGGCUUGGCAAUGACGACCUCCUCUGUGUAUGUCUUCUGGAUUCUCAGUGGAGAUGUGAUGUACACGGUAGUGUGUGCACAGUUGAUCUGCGUCCUCUUUCUACCUGAGAAGGUCAAUGGGUAUGGUGCCUUGGCUGGCCUUGUGGUAGGGUUACUGCUGCGGCUACUAGUGGGAGAGCCCCUGCUUGGUGUGCCUGGACUCAUGCCCCUUCCCUGGGACAGCCUACACGAGGACGGGCGUCUGCUGCAUGUCUUCCCAUUCCGCACCGGCAUCAUGUUGGUCUCUCUGGCCACCAUCCUGGUUGUGUCACGUUUCGCAACCUGCCUUUUCCUUAAAGGGCUACUGCCUGACAACUGGGAUGUAUAUGGACUUGGUCAAAAAAGGAGGAUUUUGAUGAAGGAUAUGGUAGCUAAGGAUCUGACUGAGAAGAUUGGAAUGAACACAAGGCAGAUGGACCCAUCUCCUCAUGCGAGCACAGAAGAUAUGAGGUCUUUACAAUGACUUGGGGUUCCAUCACGUAGAUAGUUACAGUGGGGCAAAAAAGUAUUUAGUCAGCCACCAAUUGUGCAAGUUCUCCCACUUAAAAAGAUGAGAGGCCUGUAAUUUUCAUCAUAGGUACACUUCAACUAUGACAGACAAAAUGAGAAAAAAAAUCCAGAAAAUCACAUUGUAGGAUUUUUUAUGAAUUUAUUUGCAAAUUAUGGUGGAAAAUAAGUAUUUGGUCACCUACAAACAAGCAAGAUUUCUGGCUCUCACAGACCUGUAACUUCUUCUUUAAGAGGCUCCUCUGUCUUCCACUCGUUACCUGUAUUAAUGGCACCUGUUUGAACUUGUUAUCAGUAUAAAAGACACCUGUCCACAACCUCAAACAGUCACACUCCAAACUCCACUAUGGCCAAGACCAAAGAGCUGUCAAAGGACACCAGAAACAAAAUUGUAGACCUGCACCAAACACAUGAAAAUCAUAUUUCAACCAGGCAGGUGUGCCACAAAAGUCAGAAAUAGCGAUAUAAUUAAUGCCUUACCUUUGAAGAUCUUCUUCUGUUGGCACUCCAAAAUGUCCCAGAAACAUCACAAAUAGUCCUUUUGUUCGAUAAUGUCCUUCUUUAUGUCCCAAAAAUGUCAAUGUAUUUGCCGCGUUUGAUUCAGAAAUACACCGGUUUCAACUCGCCCAACAUGCCUACAAAGUAUCUAAUGAGUUACCUGUAAACUUGGUCCAAACAUUUCAAACAAUGUUCCUAAUCCAACCUCAGGUACCCUAAAAUGUAAAUAAUCAAUCAAAUUUAAGACAGAAUAAACUGUUUCUAAUACCUGAUAAAAACAACGUGAAGCGUGCUCCAGUUCACACGCACCAAAACAGUAGAGUCCAUCUGGAGUGACUAUUUCUUAACUUUUCAAAAGAAAAACAUUGAACAAUUUCUAAAGACUGUUGACAUCUAGUGGAAGUCAUAAGAACUGCAGCUAGGUUCUUAAUAGAAAACAACUGGAAAAUCCUAUGACCUCAAUUUUGUUUUAUUCCCUGGAUGGUUUGUCCUUGGGGUUUCGCCUGCCAUAUCAGUUCUGUUAUACUCACAGACAGUAUUUUAACAGUUUUAGAAACUGUAGAGUGUUUUCUAUCCAAAUCUACUUUGGGCACGCUUUUCAUCCGGAGGUGAAAAUACUGCCCCAUACCCAAGAGAGGUUAAUUCAAUAAACAAUGUUACCUUUUCAAAGAAAUGUAGCUUGUGGAAAGUACUGUUUCCUUUUCUUGUUACUUGUUUGUCAUCUUCAUGUUUAUGGUACAUUUGUAUGAAUAUCCUUCAAAGUCUGUUUGUUUAGAAAUAAAUAAAAAUACAAGCUAAAUAACGAGUGAUCAAGCAUGAAUGACACCACCCUAGUUAGGUGGAAAAACAAGGUAAAACGGUGAACUGUCACUUUAAGAGUUUGUCUCCCAGACACAUAUUAACUCGGUUCUGGACUAAGUAGCAUUUUCAAUGGAGAUUCUUUGUGUGCACAUUCUGGAUCCUGAGUGUCUAUAAUAUCAUAUACACAGUGGUGUUAGCCCAGUUAGCUAUCCUAUUUCUGUCUAGACAGAUCAAUGAUUAUGGAGUGUGUUUGGGCUUUGGGAUAGGGCUUUUCCUCUGUGGCCUGUUUGAUGUGCCCACACACACAUACCUCUUCUUUGCUCUUUCCCUUACUUCUCUCCUCAGCCACAAUCCUUCUUGUGUCACGUUUGGCAGGCCCCCUUUUCCUUACUGGCUACUGCCCCAUAGAUGGGAUGUGUUAAUUAGGUCUGUCAGAAGGUGAUCUUUAACAGCUGUGGCUGCUAAGGAUCAGACUGAGGAGAAAGGACUGAAUACUGUCAAAGAAAAUCGAAGGCCUUUCUUCUGCCUGUAUCUCAUUUACAGUUUAAUUAAUUUGGUAUUAAUGAACUGAUCAUAUUAGUUGUCAAUUAAUCAAACCAUUAUUUAUUUAAAUGGUAUUCAAUUCAAUAAACAUGUUUAUGUUUUUGUUAGUUACUUCCACCUCAUCAAAAAUAAAAAAUAAAAAGCUUCAUGAAUGA